GCCGCCGGCCGGCGCUAGGCUCCUCCCGCGCUCGGGAGGGAGCUCUGUCCUCAGCAUCCUCCUCCUGCUGCUGCUCUGCCCCGGUGGCGACUGCCUGCCGAGACGCCGGCCCGUGGGGCCGCCCGUGGUGCUGGGGUAAAUGCUGAACAAGAACUUCAGAAGGCACUGUUUAUCUGUCAAGCCCAUCACGUACAAACUCACAGUUCUCCACAGGCAGGCGGCUGAGCUAACUGAGAGGAUGCAGAUUUGCAAGAAGAUUUGCCGCAAGAAGAAGCGGAAAAAGGAUUUCAUAAGAGUCUGGAGUUAAAAUCUGAACACAAGUCCUCUGACUGCUGUCUCUGAAGGCUAGAAGCAAUCUUUUAUGCUGUCUCUCCACUCUGUAACACUGGAUUUCAGCAAUAAGCUUUGGCACUUCAGUGCAAGCUUCCUGAUGAAGAGGACAGUUUUAGUUGCCCAAUAUUCAACUCUAGUUCCGGGGGACUUAGGUAAUCAGCUGGAGGCAAAAUUAGAUAAGCCAUCAGUAGUGCACUAUCUCUGCUCUAAGAAGACCGACAGCUAUUUUACACUGUGGCUGAAUUUAGAAUUGCUCCUGCCUGUCAUCAUUGACUGCUGGAUUGAUAAUAUCAGGCUGGUGUAUAACAGAACAAGUAAGGUAACGGAACCACCAGAUGGAGUGGAUAUCAGAGUCCCAGGCUUUGGGCAGACGUUUUCUUUGGAAUUUCUUGACCCAAGUAAAAGGAGUGUUGGCAGCUACUUCUAUAUGCUGGUGCAGAGUUUAGUAGACUGGGGCUACACACGUGAUGAAGAUGUAAGAGGAGCACCUUACGACUGGCGAAAGGCACCAAAUGAGAAUGGAGACUAUUUUGUGGCCCUUCGCAAGAUGAUAGAGUUAAUGUAUGAGCAGUAUGGAAGUCCUGUUGUUUUAAUUGCCCACAGUAUGGGUAACAUGUACACCCUGUACUUCCUAAACCAUCAGACUCAGGAAUGGAAAGACAAGUACAUAAAGGACUAUGUGUCAUUAGGUGCUCCCUGGGGAGGAGUGGCUAAAACUCUCCGUGUGCUGGCUUCAGGUGACAACAACAGAAUACCUGUCAUCAGUUCACUCAAGAUUCGAGAUCAGCAGCGAUCAGCGGUUUCCACAAAUUGGAUGCUCCCCUACAACUACACAUGGCCUCCAGAUAAGGUCUUCGUAACCACACCUACGGCCAACUAUACCCUUCGGGAUUACCAAAAAUUCUACAGGGACAUCAAUUUUGAAGAUGGCUGGCUCAUGAGACAAGACACUGAACCCUUGGUCUACCAGAUGAAACCACCUGGUGUGCGCAUACACUGUCUUUAUGGUACUGGCGUAGAAACACCAGAUUCCUUCCAUUAUGAAAGUUUUCCUGACAAAGAGCCCAAGAUCAUUUACAGUGAUGGGGAUGGUACAGUAAACUUGCAGAGUGCCUUGCAAUGUCAAAAGUGGGUGGACAUGCAAAAACAGAAAGUGGUGGUAUUUGAGCUUUCAGGAAAUGAGCACAUUCAAAUGCUAUCAAAUGAUACUACUAUCUCUUAUGUGAAAAAGCUGCUUUUUAAUUUGUGAUACCUUGUGUUGACAAUUAUUUUCCUCACCUGUGAUGCCUUCCCUUAAGUAAGGGAAAUGCCUUUUAAUCCCUUGGUAUUUAGUUAUUUGAAUUAUUUAUUUUGUUUUUUUUUUUUUAAGGUUGUGUUCAAGAAGUUGGUUCGUGUCCUAAAUGGUUGUCUCUGAUGUAUGUUCAUGAUGCUUCAUGGUGUUUUCAUAUUCUGAAAACCUGGUCAAAUAUGCAUUUUGGUGCCUCCAGUAUUGUGUCCAGUAUUCAUACAGACCUUCAUUUGGAGAUUGUGCAGCCCCUUGCACGUACUACAUGAUUUCUCCUUUGUGUGGCCUUCUAGGGUUAGGAGUAGGAGGGCUGGGAAGGAUUGCAAUCUGACUCCCAUGAAACAAGGGAAGGAUAUUAAUAACUUGAGAAGCACAGCAAAUUCCUUCUAAAGGGUCUUGCAUAUUCUGAUCCAUAGUUCCCACUGCCUUAGUUUGUAAAUGUACAUAUCUACUAGGUAAGAUAGACAAGAGGUCUGCCAGAUACUGGAUGACCUUUUGUCAUAUCCAGCCUUUCUUUUGUUACAGCUUCUUGGGGAAAGAUAAUGUGUUAAUUAUUUUAAGGUUCUCAUCAGGUACCUUUUUUCUUAAGAGGAAAAGUUGUUUGCUUAUUGACUUCUAGAGCCUAAUGAUUUAAUCAGGAAUCUGAGGAUUAUUAUCCUGGUGCAUUAUUAUCCAUGAAGGAAAGAAGUUCAGCUGUGGCUGGGGCUUGCAAUACCCUUCUUUAGCUGUGUAAAUUCUUUAGCAUGUAAAGUAAAGCUAAUACAAUUGAGUGCAGGCAAACAAUACAUACAGUGCAGAAUUGCACUUCAGGUUGCAAAAGAUCUCCAGUAGUGGAAAUGAUAAUGGAUGGUGGGCAUUCAUUAAAAUGGAAGAUGAAAUAGGGCAUGGAGUGGAAGCCAGUGUAGCACUAGUAUAAAAUACAAGCCUUGUUCUCAAAUACUUAAGCUCUUAUUCAGUUACUGGACAAGCAGUGGUUGGAUCAAUGUUGCCCUCAGUUGAAAAGGAACUUCAAACUUCAAAACACGAUCUAUGGGAACUGAAUUUGAGUUAUAUAAUUGCUGUUUUAAGAAGUUGAGAUCUCAAUUUCUGUUCCUUAACUGUUUAGAUAAUUGCCAAACAUGCAACUCUGUUACUACAGUACUGUUUUAUUCAGUGUUUAGAAAAAAUAUUUCAGCUUUGAACUACACAAAUGAUGGCAUAAAGGCCAUGGUAUUUAUAACCUUGAUUAUAGAAGUCCCACUGGAAAAAUGUCACUGGAAGAUUCUUCUUGCUUGCUUUAAAACUAGCCACCCAGUUGGACUCUAUUUAGUUCUCAGAAAACAACUUUGAAUGCUUUCAAAAUGCUACGUCUUCCAGGAAAAAGGAGUUCUAAAAACUCAUGAGAAGCAUUAAGGAUUCACUACUUAUGAAACUGAAGUUCUCUGAAGGGUAAACUUUAACUAUUUUUGUAGCAUGCAUAAAAUGCCUACUACCAUCAAAUAUAAGAAGAAGGUAUGUUGAAAUGACAGGUUUGAACUCUUAUUACCGUAGGAAAUAUUUUUGGCACAGGAAGUAGGUUUAAAGCUUUAAAUUUAAUUUCUGAAAUGAUUUGUAAAUCCAGAACAACUCCAGCUAGGGUCAUGGAUAAGCUAAAUAUCUUCCUAGGAUUCUAACUUGCUUCUGUAGCUUCACUUUUCCCCUGCGUUUUUCCCUGUUACUUUGGUUGAGGGAGAAGACACUUUUCUGAUGUUAAAAAUGGAACGUGUAUCUUGUCAUCAGUUGCCUGGGAACCUAUAUUUCAGCAGCUAUAUUGUCUGGACUUCUCCAGAGAAACUACUGUGCUGUCCCGAGCCACUUAAAAUUGGUUACUGCUGAAAUGAGGAGGGGUGGGAAGCAGGCAGCACACAAGUCCUUCAGCCAAGUGUUCUACUUUGUGCAGGGCUGUCAGCUGGUUAAGCUUCAGGCUUGUGUUCCAAGACUGCUCAAAGAUGAAGCUCUUCCUUGUGGUCUGACUCAAUUUGUGAAUAAAUUGAUAUGUUACUGGUUUGCAACAGAAAGAAAUUAGGCAACAGUUUUUCACAAUUUAUUUCUUGCUGAAGUAGAAUGCCUGUCAAUAAGCACUUGAAUGAGUGGAGUUGGAGGCUGUAUUGCAGGCCACCAACAUCAGCACCAAGGGCUGAGAAAUGAGAAAGGAACGUAGGCAGACAGUUCUUAACCUCAUCUGGAGAAUGUAUCUAAGUUUCAUUUAGCUCCUUACCUGUUUAAUUAAUCACAUUCUCAGUCUCAUACGAAGAGUUUAGCUUGAAGUUCCAAAAUAUGUUGUUCUAGAAGAUGCUUUUCAAAUUUUAAUUUCUUUUGGGUACAAAAUUCUUUUCUAGUUUUUGGGAUCUAAUAUUGUUUCUGAAAUCAGUUGACUACAUCUCUUGACCUGAAGACUUGUAAACCAUUAAUCUAUAUCCUUAGCUUUCCAUUAGUGGACAAGUCCAAUAGUGUCUGUGCUUGUGUCUUGUUAGCUAUUCUGGUAAAAAUGAUGAAUAUGAAAGUUUUUCAGGCCUUGGUUUUGGCUUUCUAUUUGUUACUAUGAAAUAUUGUCUGAGAAUGUGCAGACUUAGCACAAGCACAGUGCUUCUGAGUUUGAUCUGAUGGUUCUGCAGACUGUAGCUCUGUUUUACGUUCAGAACCUCUGAUUUUUUUUCUGCCAAACUAUCUUCAGCCCUUUAAUUUUCUGUUUCUUGCAUAUUGGGAUAGACUUGUGGCUGUGAAAUGAAUGCAGCAAGCUACAUUACUCUAAUCACUGAAACUGAACAACUUCACUCAGCCCUUUGAGAAGUGCUUACUCAGGCAUAUUCCUCUACAAGGCAAGAGUAUUCAGCAUUCUUCAUAGGCUUGCUACCGCCAUGUAGCACUUGAGCAUUCUAGAUUUUUGUAAGAAGAAUUACAUCUUAAAGGGAAGAGGGGAAUGUGAAAGUUCCUUAAGAGGAGUAAUUCUGGUGCUUUGCCACAUUGCACAGUUGAAAACUUUGAUUCUACUGACAUGUCUUUGUUACACUGAACACAUAUGGAUCAUGUCUCUCUCUUUCCAUAACUUCUACUAGGUUUUAUUCUUCCAGAAUAUUUUCAGAAACCAAAAAUAGUCUUGAGGACCAAAUGUGUUUAUUUUUGACAAUGUAUAGAAAAUGCUGAAGGGACUUUCAGCUGUCGUUGUAAUACUUCUGAAGUGGCUCAGAGUCACUAUGUGAUUCUGUUUAAAACACAGAAGGCUUCAACAACUAGCAAUAAUUGCAAAGGACUUGCAGACCAAAGGAAGGAAUGUUUGAUAUUAAGGUAGUUCUUGGAGCACAGUGUGUUCGAGGCCCUUGUAAAUUCAGGGAAUGUUUGGCAAUGACUUUGCUGCUCUACAUUUAACAGUAUUUUGUAUGGAACAUAUUCUGAGACCUAACAUUUUAUAUGCCCUUUUUGUGUAUGAAUGCGGUCAAUAGAUUUUGAAUAUUUUACUGUUAUACUUUGAUAACAUAAUAAAGUUGAUCUAAUACA